UAGAGGGUUGCAAUUCCAUUGAAUUGAGGAUAGUUUAACCAAAAUAUGCCUAGAAUUGCCUUAUGUGUGUCCCACAAAAAAGCUUCACUGUUAAUAAGCUAACUUUUUUUUUACGAAUUUAAGCAAAAUGCACAGAUUUCCCGGGCUUAACUUCCCAUGUAAAAUUUCUGGAAAAGUUUCUGACCCUUUGCAACCUUGAGCUAAUUCCCCCAGAAAUAUAUGUGUGUGUAUUUUGCUCAACUCCCCAGGGGCCGUAUGUUUGACACGCCUGGAUUAGCUCAAGGUCUAUUGUUCAAUUUAUACGCUAUAGCUAGCCUAACCAGUUUCCACCAAGUCAUGAGUAAUUGUGAAGAAGUAAAGAGUUUGACUGACUGAGCGAGUCUAGAGAGGGAUGGAUGGCUAAAUGAUUUGAGGUUUACAUAAUGGUAGGGGAUUAAUAACACAACCUUUUUCUCCCUUGUUCUCUGCUGCACUUGGAUUUUACAGCAGGCACACAGCUCUAUCACUCUGCAUUAUGCGUCCUUGUCCAGUUCCUGAUGAUGAGGCUUAUGGGAAGGACGAUAACAACCGUCCUGUCCAGCUUUAUUUUUCAAAUGGCAUACCUGCUGUCAGGCUACUACUACACAGCUACAGAAGAAUACGAUAUCAAAUGGACCAUGCCCCAAUGUGUCCUUGCACUCAAACUUAUCGGUUUGUCAUUUGAUUACUAUGACGGUGGCCAGGAACCAUCCAAGUUGAAUGAGGAGCAGAAGAGGUCAGCCCUGGCCAAUGUUCCCUCUCUGCUGGAGGUUAUCGGCUUCUCCUACUUCUACGGAGGCUUUCUGGUGGGACCCCAGUUCACACUGCGCAGCUACCAGAGGCUAGUCAAAGGGGAGCUCACCGACUGCCCCGGACAGCCACCUAACAGUGUUAUACCUGCUAUGAAGCGGUUCUCCCUCGGCCUCCUCUGCCUGGUGAUCUACGCAAUAUUUAGUCCGCACUACCCAGAUAGCUAUUACCUAACAGAUGAGUACGACGCGCAGCCGUUCUGGUACCGCUGUGUCUUCAUCCUCCUUUGGGCCAAAGUCAUCCUGUACAAAUAUGUGAGCUGCUGGGUCAUAGCGGAGGGCGUCUGUAUACUCUCUGGGCUCGGCUAUAAUGGGCUGGGUCAGAAUGGCGAGCACCAAUGGGACGCCUGUGCAAAUAUGAAGGUGUGGACGUUUGAGACCACACCCCUUUUCACAGGCACCAUCGCCUCCUUCAACAUAAACACCAAUGCCUGGGUGGCCAGGCACGUGUUUAAGCGGUUGAAGUUCCUGGGCAAUAAGCUCCUGUCUCAGGUGACCGCGCUCGCGUUCCUGGCCAUCUGGCAUGGCACGCACUCUGGAUACCUCCUCUGCUUCUCCAUGGAGUUCAUCAUCGUAAAUGUGGAGAGACAGGCCCAAGCGCUGGUGAGGGACAGUCCCCUGCUGACCCGCCUGGCCAACAGUCCUCUCUACCCCCUCAUCUACCUGGUCCAGCAGUUCAUCCACUGGCUCUUCAUGGGCUAUCCUUUAGUGCCCUUCUGCCUCUUCACCUACGACAAGUGGCUCAGGGUGUAUUCAUCCAUUUAUUUCUGUGGCCACAUAUUCUUCUUCACAUUGUAUCUAGGCAUCCCAUAUCUCCGCAAGGUUCUGGUACCUAGAAAAGAACGGAGCGAGAAAAAGGAGGACUAGAACUAUGUUAGGUCUCUGGCUGAAUCUCCACCCAGGAUGUGACUGAAGGGAACUGUGACUUUUAACUAGGAGCAGAUCAGAAAAUAUUUUAAAGCCUUUAAUAUUAUUUCUGUGUACAUGUUUUUUUUCUAUUUAUUUUAGUGUUUUGGACAGGACGCACGUUUUUUGGGACCAGGGAGAUGAGGGUACAGGAAAUAACCUUUGUUCCACAAUUGUGAGCCAAUCACGCUGUGUUUUCUUGAUUUUAGAGAACUUGAGAGACUGACGUCUUGUAUACACAGAAUAUUGCACUCUCCACUCACGGGCUCUGGGUCUGUAGACUGCUCUGUUUUUAUGAUCUCUCUUCCUGUUUCAACCCUCCCCUCAAGUCCAUAUAGACGGCGUAUACAAAACAUCCUAAUAUUGAGUUGCACCCCCCCCCCCCCCCCCCCCCCACAGCCUCAAUUCGUCGGGCAUGGACUCUACAAGGUGUUGAAAGCUUUCCACAGGGAUGCUGGCCCAUGUUGACUCCAGUGCUUCCCACAGUUGUGUCAAGUUGACUGGUUGUCCUUUGGGUGGUGGACCAUUCUUGAUACACACGCAAAACUGUUGCGCGUGGAAAAACCCAGCCACAUUGCAGUUCUUCACACAAGCCGGUGCGCCUGGCACCUACUACCAUACCCCGUUCAAAGGCACUUUAAUAUUUAAUAUCUUGCCCAUUCAAUGUCUGAAUGGCAGACAUACACAAUCCAUGUCUCAAGGCUUAAAAAUUGUUCUUUGUUCUGUCUCCUCCCCUUUAUCUACACUGAUUUUGAAGUGAAUUUAACAAGUGACAUAAAUAAGGGAUCUGAGCUUCACCUGAUUCCCCUUGCCAGUCUGUCAUGGAAAGAGCAGGUAUUCUUAAUGUAUUCUCUACGCGGUGUAGAAAACCUGCACAGACAUGGCUAUGGUUCAGGCACAACAGAAAUGUAUUUGGCACUUUCAGAUUUUAUUUUAACAUGCAUUUUGUUGAGAGAACAAAAAAAACAAGGAUUGCUGCUCUGACUGGAAUUAUAUAUUUUUGAGGAGUGUUUUCAUUGAUCCGUUGGCCAACACUCACAAGAAGCACUGUAAAACACUGUACACACUUAACAUGUGACUCAAGAAUGGCCUUGUAUUAUCAACGAAUGUUUUUACGUUUAUUCUGGUUUCAAUUCAGAUUUUGUUUCCGAUAUUUCGUGAUGAGACUGGAUUUUAUAGCUAUUUUAAGAGGGUUUUAUGAUAGACCAUUUUGUAGCUUUGGAUAAGAUUCCAUGAAGGGAUUUCAAUGCUUUCCUCUUCCCCAUCUCCUUCUCAUUACUUUUUCCUCCUCCAUCCCCCUCUCCUCGUGGCUUUGUCUGCCAUUCACCAUCCUCCUAUCACUCCAUUGCCACCACACACCCUUCCUGGCUGUCUCUGAACAAACUGGAAAACAAACUUGCAACUAAAACAACAGGUAACCAAAACCACCACUUUUACAUUGAGUGACAUCACCAUACCAAUGUCAACAGCAUCACCCGUGGUCUCCAGUGAGAUCUAGCACCGUCCUCUAUCUUUCUUAAGAAAAAAAAAAAAUCUCCCUAACCACUGGCGCAAGGUCAGAUCUAGAAUGUUUGACCUGUCAGAUACUCUGUUCCUACAUCUGUGUUAAGAGGCAACUUCUACCACGAUCCUUUUCCAAUGCAGAGACACAUUGGGAGAGCAGUGACUCACUGUAGCAACAACCCAGAUUUUAAUAAUAUUUAUACUUGUGGUAAUAAUUAAUUGAUGUGAAUUAAUUGUUAUUCCAGAGACUACUUUUUUGCCUUAUUGCUACCAAAUGUACAAAGGAAAAGAGAAAUGGAAAAAAAAUAAUUUUAAAUAAACUUUUUGUAAUGUUCAUUAAAAUGCUGGAUUUUAAAAACCAAA